UGAGCGUUGGUCACGGGGUCAGCAGCUGUCCGCUCACCGCGCAGUCUCAUGUCCCGUGACGUCAUCAUGAGGCUACUGUACGGAAGUGGACCCGGUAACGGGGCAUGUGACUCCUUCCCUGUACGAGCAUGAGGGCGGAGCCGGGGAAGCACGGCAGUGAUUUCCGCCGGCGCCGUAAGCUCACCGACAUCCAGAAAGCCCUCACCAAGGACCCCACCGAUGUGGCCACCCUGCGGAGGAUGGCGAUCAGCGAGGGAGGGCUGCUCACAGACGAGAUCCGCUGCCAGGUCUGGCCCAAACUCCUGAAUGUCAAUACGGACGAGCUUCCCCCGCCCCCAGGGCCUGAGCUGCGGGUCAACAAUAAAGAUUACGAGCAAGUCCUGCUAGAUGUCAGGCGCUCGCUGCGACGGUUCCCUCCAGGAAUGCCUCUAAAGGAACGGGAAGAUUUGCAGGAGCAACUGAUUGACAUCAUCCUUCAGGUUUUGGCUCGAAACUCCCAAUUGCACUAUUACCAGGGAUAUCACGACAUUGUAGUCACUUUCCUGCUGGUGGUGGGUGGGCCGCUGGCCACUCUGCUGGUGGAUAAACUGUCCACACAUCACCUAAGGGACUUCAUGGAUCCUAGUAUGGACAACACCAAACACAUUCUCAAUUACCUGAUGCCUAUUAUAGAGCAGGUGAACCCAAUGCUGCACGACUUCAUGCAAAGGGCGGAGGUAGGCACCAUAUUUGCCCUGAGCUGGCUCAUCACCUGGUUUGGGCACGUCCUGUCUGAUUUCAGGCAUGUGGUGAGGUUGUAUGACUUCUUCCUGGCGUGUCACCCGCUCAUGCCCAUCUACUUUGCUGCUGUGAUUGUGCUGCAUAGAGAGGAAGAGGUACUAGAGUGCGAUUGUGACAUGGCCUCAGUACACCACCUGUUGUCACAGAUUCCACAAGAUCUGCCCUACGAGACCCUCAUCAGCCGAGCCGGUGACCUCUUUGUUCAAUUCCCACCUUCUGAGCUGUCUAGGGAAGCUGCCCAGCAGCACCAAGCUGAGAGGACUGCAGUCUCCACCUUUAAAGACUUUGAGCUGGCAUCCACACAGCAGCGGCCAGAUAUGGUCCUUCGCCGACGUUUUAGAGACUCUGUCCGUCCAGAGCACGCAGCCAAGUCCGUCCUUACCAAACCCCGCACUAACAGACUGGUGAAGCUGGCGGUCAUGGGGCUGACGGUGGCUCUGGGGGCCGCAGCGUUGGCGGUGGUAAAGAGCGCCCUGGAGUGGGCACCCAAAUUUGAACUGCAGAUUUUCCCAUGACAGGACCUCUUCCAUCAUCGCACAGGGGUGGAUGAAAGUGCCUUUGUCCCCUCUAGUUCUUCGUUUUCAUGCGGUCUGCUGAACAUCACAUGUCACCAUUUGCCACUAUAAACUCUUGACGUGGAAAUCCUAGUGCUUGUCUUACCUAAACUGAUACAAGGUUCAACACAGGCACGGUUCUACACUUCCAGUGCGGGACAGAGAAGGUUGUCACAUUAUUAACCUGUGUAUAUCUGUACAGAAUUCUGAUUCACUUUAUGAUAAAUAUUUAACACCA